ACUAAGCCAAGACAAGCCGGCUUGAGCAUAUGUUCUUCCAGCCUGUAGAUCUGUGUCAUAGAACCACACGUCUUAUGCUGAUCACAAGGUACGUAUUCUUUUCCUUUUGGAGAAAAAGCAAGCUAGGUACAUAUACUUGCCUUCAGCAUGCGAACAAGAACAAGUACUUGCCACGUACAUGGAUGCAUACAGAAUUAGUACAUCACCAGUCGGCCUGUAGCCCGAGUAAAACCGAUUUGAACUAGACACGAAGUUACCGGCCGGCGGAGGGAGGAGCUAGCCAUGGCGGAGCUCGCGUCAGGCGCCGUGAGCUCGCUGCUGGGCGUCAUCCGCAACGAGGCGCUGCUGCUGGGCCGCGUCCGGCACGACGUGCAGUUCAUCCAGGAGGAGAUGGAGAGCAUGCAGAGCUUCUUGACCCACCUGUCAAAGAAGGCACCCGCCGGCGGCGAGCACGACGAGCAGAUUCGCACGUGGAUGAACCAGGUCCGGCUGCUCGCCCAGGACAGCAACAACUGCAUCGAUCUGUAUCUGUACCGCGGCAACCCCGAGAUCCAUCUAGCCAGGGGCGGCCUCCGGCGGUACAUCGCAUGGCUUCCCUGGUUUGUGCACAAGAUGGUGGCGCAGCAUCGUGCGGCUAUUCAGCUCCGUGCGCUCAGGGAACGUGCCCGUGACAUUGGUGAGCGGCGAUUGAGAUAUGGCGUCGAGGUACCAGCGAAAGGGGCAGGACCGGAGCAUUCGCCUCUAGGGGCUGGGCUCACGCCCGCGGCUGCACUGUCCUCGGCGGUGCAUGCGGCAGCAUCAUCUGCCGCUUCCGGAGAUGAAGAAGAAGAUAAUGACGAUCAACUCGUGGUUGCAACAAAGACCACCAAUCAUUCUGGUCGAAGAGGGGCAUUUUUUGAGCCUCCUACACCGGAGGACAAUGUUAAGGCGAAGCUAGCUGAAUGGAUAGAGGAUGUUGCACAACGCAGCACUGCUGAGAAGAAAUCAAUACAAUCCAUCGCCAUUGUGGCACCAGAUGAGCAAGAUACCUGCGCUAUUGCAGAUGUUGCUCGGAAAAUGUGGGGAGAACAUGGCACGCACAGUGUCUUGGUCGACAUCCCAGCAGUGCACUUCUAUUCUGAAUUGCUUCGAACCAAGGACGUUCUCUACUAUAUACUGCGGGAGCUGCAGUCUGUUCCACUUCCAUCCCAGCAGGACAAAAAGGAUAUUAACUCGAAAAAAUGGGUGCUGAUUGAUGAAAUCACCAAAGAUAUUGAAGGAAUGAAGGUUGGCAAAAAGAUUUCAGAAAUCAUGAAAACUGUUGAACAAAUGAAGGGCAGUCAGUGGCAGCUGGACCUGGAACAUGACAACCGGGACUUGCUGGGCCUGCUGGAAUCCUCUAAGGAUGAACCCUUAGGAGUAAUCCUCCGAGCGUUGUGUGUUCUCAAACACAAGCCAGCUGACGGUGUACCUCUUGCUAUCAAACAUGAACAAGAAAAGAAGCAAGCAACACCUUCAGAGAGGAAGAAAGCCUCGCACGAAGAUAUCAUCAAGGGAACAGCCAAGAAGCUUAAAGAGCAUAUGGAACAAAAUAGAGAUGACAAACAAAAACCUAGCGCAGAGCCAAUUCUUCUCGAUCAAGCCCAUUAUGAACACAUCCUAAGGAAGUUGUUCCCAGAGGCCAGCACGCAGCCCCUCCAGAUCCGUGAGCAAGAUUCGAAGCAAGCCACUGCCGUCACCGCCACUAGCACUAUUAGUGCAUUCAUCGAGGACCUAGUUAAUGAAAUGAUUCAUAAGGUCAUAAAAGAGCUGCAGGAAAACAGAUCCGUGACAGAACCAGGCACAGCUGAGAAACAGGAUGUCAAAUCUGUGAAGGAACCAGAUAGAGCUGCUGGUAAAAAGGAUUGUAUCCCGGAUUCUCUUAUUGAAGAAAUAAUCUACAUGUUUUGGGAAAUCGAGUGGAUGAUGGAAGAGCAGAUCAAGAUCAAAAGGAUCAUGGACAAAAUUAAUGAUUGUUUGAAGAGCCGAGAUGGUCAGAUUCUGGUUAUCCUAAAACUGGAUAAUGACUAUGUGUCUGGGUGGACGGAGUUGAGAAAUGCUUUCAGCUUGAUGGGUCGCAUAGCCGGUGUACUGUUGUUGAACACAACAAUAAAUGCUGAUCGAGCCAAACAAUAUUGCUGCCCGGAGCGGGAGCCCAUAGACUAUUCUCUUCUUGGCCUCUACCAUGAUACUGCACUCGAGCUUACAAAGAAGCACAUGAUUGAAGAUAGCCCGCGGAUUUUUCUUGACAUCUUGGGCGAGUGUAAGCAACAGGAAUUCUGCAUGAAGAUCUUCGUUCAUGCUUUGAACGCCAACCCCAAGAGAAGCAAGGAAGAGCUAAUCAAGUUGCACACAACCCUGCAGCAGGUUCCAGAUGACUCGUUAGAAAAAAUUGCUAAUAAGAUGCUCAAGUUCUCUUAUAGUGAUCUUCCUAAUGAAUACAAGUCCUGCUUGCUGUACCUAGCUAUUUUUCCUCGGCGGCAACGCAUCAGGCGGUCAACCUUAAUAGGACGUUGGGUUGUAGAAGGGCUGAUUACGAAGGAAGACUGGGCCAGUUCUGUGCGUCGUGCCAAUCGAUGUUUUGAUGCGCUGAUCAAUCGAUGGCUUAUUUAUGCUGCUGAUAUUGGUGCUACAGGAAAGAUAAAGAGUUGUGUGAUUGGUGAUCUAGUUCAUGCAUUCAUUACCAGGAUUGCUAGAAAACGGCGGAUUGUGGAAACACGCCUGUCACAUCACUUGGCUCUCCGCUUCUCCAUUUUCAAUGACCUUCGACUCCGUGGCUCAGAUAAAAUAGACAAAUUCUUUGAUAAGCUCUAUGAAGAAUCAUCUCGAGUGUCCCUGAUCAAGGUGCUAGAUCUUGAAGGUUGCCAAUGCUUUAGAGGGAAGAACCAAAGCUACCUCAGAGACAUAUGUAGCAAGAUGUUACUACUCAAGUAUCUGAGCCUAAGGGGAACAGAUGUUACCCAUCUACCCACUGAAAUCAACAACCUCCGUGAGCUGGAAGUAUUGGAUAUCAGAGAGACCAAUGUACCUCCAUCUGCAACAGUAAAUCUCUUACUCCUGAAGUUGAAGCGUUUGUUGGCUGGUCGCAUUGUUCUGAGUUCAGGGGCAAGUAGUACUGAAUUAUCUAGUGUUGAGAUUCCUGAGAAGGUCGAAAAAAUGGUAAACAUGGAGGUAUUGUCCAAUGUCAAGGCAAGAAAAAGAAGAGAUUUGAAAGAUAUUGGAAAGUUGUGGCAGCUGAGGAAGCUUGGUGUGGUUAUCGAAAACAAGGAGCCACACCUCAGGAAUUUUCUUCGAGCUAUUAGUGAUCUGCAUGAGUGCCUCAAGUCUCUGUCAAUCACUCUUCCCAGUACAGAGGACAGCAAAGUCUUCACAUCGUGGGUUCUUGAGCACUAUAAAAACACUCCCAAGCUUCUUGAGAGCCUAAGCAUUUCUGGAACCACACAAACAGUGCAACUUCUUCAAUUGUUCACCAGAGAUAGUGACCAGCUCCAACUUGACAAGGUAACUCUAUCUGGUACCAAGCUGAGGAAGGCUGAUCUGAAGGUCCUUGCCAGUCUGCCCAAAUUAGCAUGUCUCAGGCUGCGAGACAAGGCAUACAUCGAUAGUGACCUCACCUUCAUCAAUGGUGAAUUCAUAAAUCUCAAGUGCUUUCUUAUUGAGGGUUCCAACAUAAUUGUCCUCAACUUAGGUGGGGCACAUAAACUCGAGAAGAUCAUUCUGUGCUCCACCGAUGGCCUACUGUCAGUUUGUGGAGUCGAAGACCUUCCGGAACUAAAGGAGGUUGAGUUGAAGAACAUCAAUAAGCUUUCACUGUUUGAGAAGGCCAAAAACAUCUCCAAGGUGACUCUGUGUCAUACCAUUCUUUGUCAAGAAGAGCUGGAGAUUCUUGCCAAGAUACCUAACAUGCGCAACCUAGUACUGAAGGAGAUAUCUUAUGUACAGAGCCAACACAUCUUCUACGAACACGACUUCCCAAGGCUCAAACUUCUUGUCAUCGAAUUUUCUGCCAUCACCAAUAUCGUCUUUGCUAGCCAAUCUGCUACUAAUCUCGAGAGAAUAAUCUGGUUCUACACCAAGGGUACACUCUCCGGCAUUGACAACCUUCCAAAACUGAAGGAGCUCGAGUUCAAUGGUGAUUUUGUCCCCGAUCUGGUGAAAGAAGCAUUGAAAAGAAAUGACAACAAACCCAAGCUUAUACACAACAAACCAGAAAACCAACACCAAGAAGCUGGUAACAUACCAGAAAAGGAAGAUUCUCACAGAUUCCCAUUAUUCUGGAAGAGAGAGGAUUGA